AUGAAGCCCAAGGGCGAGAAGCCGGACGAGUUCGAGUCCAGCAUCUCCCAGGUGCCGCUGGAGCUGGAGAUGAGCUCGGACCUGAAGGCUCAGCUGCAGGAGCUGAACACCACAGUGGCCAGGGAAGUUGAAGCUGGUGGUGGUCGGAAAGCUAUCAUAAUCUUUGUUUCGGUUCCUCAAAUGAAAUCCUUCCAGAAAAUCCAGGUCCGGCUAGUACACGAAUUGGAGAAAAAGUUCAGUGGGAAGCACGUUUUCUUUAUGGUUCAGAGGAGAAUUGUGCCGAAGCCAACUCGAAAAAGCCCUACAAAAAAUAAGCAAGAGCGUCCCAAGAGCUGCACGCUGACAGCCGUGCACGAUGCGCUCCUUGAGGACUUGGUCAUCCCCAGUGAAAUUGUGGGCAAGAGAAUCCGUGUGAAACUAGAUGGCAGCCAGCUCAUAAAGGUGCACUUGACCAAAGCAUAG